AUGAACGUUACACUGAUGUCUUGUUAUAAUUUAUAUUGUUGUCUUAUUCUGUAAGCAUAUAACACUGAAAAUAGAUCUGCAGAUUGCAGAAAAUACUACUUAUCUUGUAUCGUGUGUCACCUAAUAGUUAUGGAGCAGGUAUUGUACCAAAAUAUGAACUGAAAAACUGUAAUUUGUUCUGUGGUUAUCAGUCUGCAUUAGUGUGUGAUAAAGUGUGCAGCUUAAGAACUACCAUUCACAUGCCUUUGUACUGACAAAUAAAAAUGUAUAUAGAGACACCACCAAAUCUGUAAAGCUACUGUUCUAGUUGGUGAUGCAUUGACAUUGCAGCUGUGUGCUUAGCCUUGUUUUUUCAUGAGUAGUUAUCUGUUUUAAUGACAGGUGGUCACUAGCUGCCAAGAAAAAAUCCAGCACUGGAAGAAGGUGGAGAGCGAUUACGAGGCUCUUCAAGAACGACUCACUACAUUGCCUGAUAAACUUUCUUAUGAUAUCAUGGUACCUUUUGGACCUCUUGCCUUCAUGCCAGGAAAACUUGUCCACACCAAUGAGGUUACUGUUCUCCUUGGGGACAACUGGUUUUCAAAAUGCUCAGCUAAGCAGGCUGUUGCCCUAGUUGAGCACAGAAAAAAACAUGUAAGGAAAGCACUGGAUGAUUUGCAAAAAGUCAUGAAGAAUUUUGAAUCUCGAGUUGAAUUUACAGAAGACUUGCAGAAAAUGAGUGAUGCUGCAGGUGAUUUUGUUGACAUAAGAGAAGAAAUUGAAAAUGAUGGGAUUGAAACAAAAGGAAAACACAGAACUGCUCACAAACCUCAUUCAAAGCCAAAAAUAUCGAACACUUUUGAAGUUGAUUUUCAAGAAAAUGGACAUGAUACAAAAUCAGGGGGCCGUUUUCAGUCAGAGGAGGAACUAUGGGCACGCUUAGAAGAGCUUGAGAGACAAGAAGAGAUUCUUGGUGAACUUGACAGGAUGCCUGAUGAUACAGUUGAGACAAAUGGAGAAGAUGCAACCUCCUCCGAAGAGGAAAAAGAAGAUAAGAGGACAGAUUUGAAUGGGGCAUACAGAGCAGAGGACUGUAUCACUCAGGACAACUUCCAGGAUAAAAUAACAAAUCCAGACUUGUUUGAACUUAAUGGCUCUGCUCGUUAUCACAGUGAUGACGAAGAUGACAUAGAUGUUGGAGAUAGCUCUGUUCCAACCAUAUUUUUCUCUCAUACAGUUGAACCUAAAAGGGUAAGGAUAAACACAGGAAAAAAUACGACUUUGAAAUUCAGUGAAAAGAAAGAAGAGGCCAAGCGUAAAAGGAAGAACAGCAACGGUAAUGGCCAUGCAGCUCCCGAGCUGCCUAACAUCAAAACCCCAGCAGACAUUUACCGAGUCUUUGUUGAUGUUGUGAAUGGAGAAUAUGUCCCUCGUAAAUCAAUUUUGAAGUCUCGAAGCAGAGAGAAUAGUGUUUGUAGCGAUACCAGUGAGAACAGUGCUGCUGAGUUCGAUGACAGACGAGGAGUUCAGAGGAGUAUUAGCUAUGAUGAAGCUACUCAGAGUGACAACAGCGAAGGAAUACUGGAGGAAGAGGAGGAGGAGGGGCAGCAGCAACUACCUAAAAAGCUUCCGUCCUCAUCAGGGACAUCUGAGGCAUUUUCUGGAACUGUUAUAGAAAAGGAGCCUUUGUCUCCCUCCUUAAUACCACACCCAGUCAUUGCUCACCCUAUCCUGCCUACCAUUCUGGAGAGAAAAUCAGAGGAAGUUUUGUCCGAAGCAUCAGAAGAAACUACAAAGAGGAUUUCAAAAUUCAAAGCUGCCAGAAUGCAACAGACUAAUAACUAGGUCUUGCCUAGACAACAGAAGUUUGAAUAUUAAUGCCUAGUUUCAUGUUUGUUGAGAUUAUGUAAAACUAUAUGCAUUGCACCUAGCUAGUUAAGAGGAUGUCCUAUGUUAAUUUGGCAUUGUUUAUGUUUUAAAACUCUAUUGGCAAUAUUAAAAAAUUAAAUGUUUUGAACACUUUGGUAUUCAUCUUAAUUUGUUAAUUUCCUUGUAUGCUGUCAGCACCUUUGUAUAUGUUUGCCUUAUGAUAGCAGCACUUGGAUUAUUUUUCAAAAAAUGUUCCUUACAUUGUUUUGUGUUUAAAUCUAAAUACAGGCAGUUCUCUACCAGCUGUGAUGUUCUACAUGCCAUAUGGACCAUAUUAAAGAAACUUUUCACAUUUCAAGUAGAUUCAACAAUUAUACUGCAUUACUUGCUUUAGUAUUUUAAAAAAACACUUGUAUUCACAUUGUUGUAGGUUUUGCAGCUAGGUGUCUGCUAAACUUUGUUUUUUUUCCUUCUAUCAAACCUCUCUGGUAUCUCACUGUACAGAUCUAUAAAAUGCUGGGUUCAUGUACAUUGCAGGGAAGUUUCUUUGAUGGAAAAGGGUAUUUUGUAAAAUUAAAUUUUCAGUAAAAAGCUGUGAAAUUU